GAACCACUGAAGCCCACGGACCCGAGUUGGAGCGCUCUGUAUUCCCGCACGGAAGCCUUUUCCUGCUCACCGGAAGCGGAAGUGUGCCUCCUUGGUCGGUGUCCGUCCCGCUCCGGUGUGAGGUCGGUGUGGCAGCGGCUGCUUCCUGGAGGCCGCGGAGGUGGGACCUGCGUCUCUUGGUGCAUGGACAGGUCUCAGGUGUGGUACAGGGAGAACUAGUCCAGUCCAGGCAUCUGGGGACCUCGGGCGACCAUCUUGCACAUUCCUCAAUCACAAGGAAGGAUUUCAACUGCUCUGGCUGGUGUGUGGACCAGACAUUGUUCAUCUGCCUCCAAUCUGCCCAGUGCUCUGCUUUCACUCCUGUCCCUCUUUCAGAAGUGCCUUUUUGGGAUCAGAGACAACAUUCCCUUAGACUUCCAGAAGGUGGAGAAAGAAAUGGAUCUAGUGAUCGCUGAGGAUGUGGCUGUGGUCUUUAGCCAGGAAGAGUGGGCUUUGCUGGAUCUUGCCCAGAGGAAACUCUACAGAGAUGUGAUGAUGGAAACCUGCAAAAACCUGGCUUCAGUCGUCUCUCGAAAUCUUAAUGGUGGAGAAAAGCUAUCCCGGAAACAUGUAAUGGGGCAAUUCAUGAAGAAUAAUAUGUGCGUUCAGUGUUGUAAAUUUCCCUGUCAACAUGCCUUUCUCUGGACCCAACAAAUUUUGGACUCAGUGGUCAUUGAGGAUGUGGCCGUGAUCUUUAGCCAGGAAGAGUGGGCAUUGCUGGAUGUUUCUCAGAGAAAACUCUACGUAGAUGUGAUGAUGGAAACCUCCAGAAACCUGGCCUCAGUAGACUCUCGAAACCGUCAUGAGGGAGAAAAGUUAUCCAGGGAACAUAUAACGGUGCGACUCAUGAAGAAUAACACCUGUUCCUCCAUGUUUGGAGAAAUCUCUGAAUUACAUGACAGUAAAGAUCAGCGUAAAAACCAGGGUAGACUUUUGAGAAGUCUUACAGUAGAGAACCUCUGUGAAAGUAACGAAGACAAUCAAUGUUGGAAAACCGUCAGAGGGAUUCCAUGUCUUACUGUGCUAAAAAGACAUCUUGGAGAACCAAAUCCUAUUGAAUGCUGUGAGUGUGGAAAAGCCUUCAUGGAGCACCCAUCAUAUAAACACCAUGGCAGAUCUCACACUGGAUACAAUACCUGUCAGUGUAAGGAAUGUGCAGAAGCCUGUACUAGUUCGUCUCAGUUAACCACUCCUAUGAGAACUCUUAAUGGAAAGAAACCCCGUAAAUGUAAGGUAUGUGGGAAGGACUUCAUUUGUAUCUUAACCCUUAAGAAUCCUAUGAUGACGCUCACUGGUGAGAAAUGCUAUGAAUGUAACGAAUGUGGGGUAGAUUUCCCUAGUUUCUCAUCCUUUCGGACACAUGUAAAACGUCAUAAGCAUGAAUGUAAAGAAUGUUGUAAAAUGUAUAGUGAUUCUUUAUCCCUCGUUUUACAUAUGAAAAUUCAUAACAGAGAUAAGUCUUACGAAUGUAAGGAAUGUGGGAAAGCCUUUAGUGUUGCCUCAUCCCUGACUCAACAUAUAAGAACUCACAGUGGAGAGAGGCCUUAUGAAUGUACAGAAUGUGGGAAAGCCUUUAGUCGUUUGUCACACCUCACUAUGCAUAAAAGAAUUCACAGUGGAGAGAGGCCUUAUGAAUGUAAGGAAUGUGGAAAAGCCUUUAGUCGUUUCUCACACCUCACUAUGCAUAAAAGAACUCACAGUGGAGAGAGGCCUUAUGAAUGUAAUGAAUGUGGGAAAACCUUUAGUCGUUUCUCACACCUCACUAGGCAUAAAAGAACUCACAGUGGAGAGAGGCCUUAUGAAUGUAAGGAAUGUGGGAAAGCUUUUAGUCAGAGCUCAUCCCUUAGUCAACAUACAAGAACUCACAGUGGAGUGAGGCCUUAUAAAUGUAAAGAAUGUGGAAAAGCCUUUAGGUGUUCCUCACAUCUCUCUCAACAUGUGAAAAUUCACAGUGGGCAAAGGCCUUAUAAAUGUGAGGAAUGUGGGAAAGCCUAUAAUAAUUCCUCAGCUCUCAAUAAACAUAGAAGAAUUCACAGUGGAGAAAUGCCUUAUGAUUGUAAAGAACGUGGCAAAAUCUUUAGGCACCCUUCACACCUCACUACACAUAGAAGAAUUCACAAUGGGGAGAGACCUUAUGAAUGUAAGGAAUGUGGGAAAGCCUAUAGUUGUUCCUCAUCCCUCAUUCAUCAUAUAAGAAGUCACUCUGGAGAGAGGCCUUAUGAAUGUAAGGAAUGUGGGAAAGCCUAUACUUGUUCGUCAUCCCUCAUUCAUCAUAUAAGAAGUCACACUGGAGAGAGGCCUUAUGAAUGUAAGGAAUGUGGGAAAGUCUUUCAGCGAGCCUCACAUCUUACUAGACAUAGUAGAAUUCACAGUGGAGAGAGACCUUAUGAAUGUAAGGAAUGUGGGAAAACCUUUAGUAGUUCUGUUCGCCUCUCUGACCACAUAAGGAGUCACACUGGAGAGAGGCCUUAUGAAUGUAAGGAAUGUGGGAAAGCCCUUAGUUGUUCCACAUCCCUCACUCUUCAUAUACGAACUCAUACUGGAGAGAGGCCUUAUGAAUGUAAGGAAUGUGGGAAAGCCUUUAGUCAGUCCUCAGCCCUCAACACACAUAGAAGAAUUCACAGUGGAGAGCGACCCUAUGAAUGUAAGGAAUGUGGGAAAACCUUUAGUACUUCCUCUUGCCUCUCUGAACACAUAAGGACUCACACUGGAGAGAGGCCUUAUGAAUGUAAGGAAUGUGGGAAAGCCUUUUGUCGUUCCUUAUCCCUCAUUUAUCAUAUAAGAACUCACACUGGAGAGAGGCCUUAUGAAUGUAAGCAGUGUGGGAAAGCCUUUAGUCAGUCCUCAUCCCUGACUCAUCAUAUAAGAACUCACACUGGAGAGAGGCCUUACGAAUGUAAGCAAUGUGGGAAAGCCUUUAGUCGGUCCUCAGGCCUCACUCAUCAUAUAAGAACUCACACUGGAGAGAAGCCUUAUGAAUGUAAGGAAUGUGGGAAGGUCUUCAGUCAGUCUUCAGCCCUUACUCAUCAUAUAAGAACUCAUUGGAGACAGACCUUAUGAAUGUAAGGAAUAUGGGAAAGUCUUCAGACGAUACCCACAUCUCAAUACACAUAGAAGAAUUCACAGUGGAGCAAGGCCUUAUGAAUGUGAGGAGUGUAGGAAAGUCU